CUCGUUUCUUUGUCUGAAAAUCUUAGAUUUUGAAUGAAUCCUAAUAAAGAUCCGAUACUUCCUUCGAGAAAGCGUUUUGUUUCAAUAAGCUCUGCAAAUGAUUUUUUUGCGUAUCCUGUGAUUGAAAAGGAGCUUCCUUUAUGUGAAUUUCUUCGAAAAAGUUGCUUCAGCUUUAUUUCCUCUUCCGGAAAAAUAAUACUUUGGUUGGUGGCUGUAAAGGUUACAAUAAUGGGAAUUGAAGGUAACCACGCAUAUUCAAAAACUGGGAAUAUGGACAAGUUGUCAACUCCUCCAGGUUUUGUGUCUCAAACAACGUUUGUGCUGAGGAAUGUUCACCAAGACAGAGAAAGUUCCAGGCCGGGACAAGUACAAGAGCAGAUAACUGGAUUCGGUAUGGAUGAUGCUAGUUUCAAGUUGUCUCUUAGCAGCCGACCGUGGAUAGUCCAUGAUGAUCACACAAAGCCCACCUCGGAGACCUUAAAGCCAACCAAACCUGAGGAAAGGGAAAGACGGAUACAGAGAGUCUCCAAGAACGUAACCCUUGAGGAAGCUCCAGUGUUCAACCCAACCGAGGAGGAGUUCAGUGACACACUCUCGUAUAUUGCUACCUUGCGUGACAAAGCUGAGCCUUAUGGAAUCUGUUGUGUGGUUCCUCCUCCUUCGUGGAAACCUCCGUGUCUUCUCGAGGAGAAGGAGGUUUGGGAGGUUUCCAAAUUCGACACUCAGGUACAGCUCUUUGAUGCUGCUAAUGACACAACGAUCAAAAAGGAGGCUGAUGAUGAUGAUGAUGAUGAUGAUAAUGAUGAUGAGGAUCAUACAUCGGAGGAGAACGUCAAGUUUUGUAGAGUAGAACGCGGUCCCAGGAAAACUCUGGAGACCUUUAAGAACUUUGCAGAUUCAUAUAAGAAGAGGCAUUUUAGCGUAGAGGAUGAGGUUUUGGGUUCCAAGAGUUCUUCAACCCCAUCGCUAAAACAAGAGCCAACCGUUGCAGAUGUUGAAAAAGAGUAUAGACAACUUGUUGAGAGUCCACUUGUUGAAAUUGAGGUUCUUUAUGGGAAUGAUCUAGACACCAGAACGUUUAGCAGUGGGUUUCCUUUACCUGGAGCAUCUGAGUCUUGCAAGUACAAAACAUCAGGUUGGAAUCUGAACAAUACAGCUAAGCUUCCUGGCUCUCUUCUAUCGUAUGAAGACUGUGAAUCAGUUGGUGUUCCUCGUCUAAGUGUAGGAAUGUUUCUGUCUUCCCAGUUGUGGAAAUCUGAGAAGGACAGACUCUACUCGCUCUGCUAUUUGCAUGUGGGAGCUCCUAGAGUGUGGUACUCUGUAGCAGGGUGUCAUCGUUCUAAGCUGAUGAACUUAUUCCCUGAGAUGUCAGGAGAACUACAGUCAAAGAUGAGCCGUGAACCUGUGAUGAUAAUGUCUCCAUAUGCACUUAACAUGGAGGGUAUACCAGUGACCCGGUGUGUUCAGAACCCUGGCCAGUAUGUUAUCUUGUUUCCAGGGUCAUGCUACUCUGCAGUAAACUGUGGCUUCAACUGUUUGGAGAAAGCAAACUUUGCUCCCAUUGAUUGGUUACCCCAUGGGGAUGUUGCUGUUCAUCAGAAUCAAGAGAAGAAGAAGAAAUCAUUAAUAUCGUAUGAUAAGAUAUUACUAGGAGCUGCACGGGAAGCUGUCAAACACCUUAAGGAGUACUCUCUAUCCAAGAAGAAAACAGCAGAUAAUAUGAGAUGGCUUAACGCUUGUGGCAAGGAGGGUUUGUUUACCAGCAUUGUUAAGUCAAGGGUGAAGCAAGAGAGGAGUAGAAGACAGUUCCUUGCUAGUUCACUAAAGUCUCAGAGAAUGGACAAGAGUUUUGAUGACGUGAGCAAGAGGGAAUGCUGUUUUUGUUUCGUGGAUCUGCAUUUCUCCGCUGUCCAGUGUUCAUGUUCCGAUGAACGUUUCUCGUGUCUGAGCCACGUGAGGAAUCUAUGUGCUUGUCCGAGUGGGAAGAAGAGGUUUCUGUAUAGGUACACCAUCGAUGAGCUGAAUGUUCUUGUGGAGGCGUUGGAGCUGCAGAAACUCAGCGCUAUGUUCAGAUGGGGGAACUUUGAUCGCAACUAUUAUGCUUCUUCUCCUGGGAUUAAAAUUUCACAACCUGGAGAUAAAGGUAAGAAAGCAGAUGAGGUUUUGCCUUGUAGUGAUAACAAUAAUAACACAAGGAAAGAUGUUGAAGCUGGAGGGAAGGAGCAGGGUAAGACUAAAGUGAAGGCGAGGUCAGUCAUGGAGAUAAUGAAGGGGAAUGAUGAUGAGUCCGGGCAUGUGCAACCUUGUUCUAAUAAACCAAACAAGACAUGCGAUGGUUCUGCUGGCAACACGGCCAAGAAACCGAAGCUGGGAUGAAAAAAAAUGUUUUUUUUUUAAUGUAGUUUUGAGUUGUAGAACUUGUAAAAGACUGUUUGUUCUUUUGCUUUGGUUGAAUAGUCCUUUGUACAAUAUUUUGCUAGAGAUUUUCCAGUGUAAGAACAAAGAAAAUUCAUCAUUUCAAAUCUAUUAAAAUUCACUCCAAAA